AACAAUAUGGCGGUAACGUAAUGAAGGACUUGAGAUGAAAACAUAGUUCUUGUGUUUUGUUAACCCUUACUGAAGGCYGCAGCUUCAAAAGCUAUAUACCAGAUAGUUUUCUUAUUAACUGGAAGGGCAAUUUUCCUCGCUAUUUUAGCCAAGAAGGGGAAAGUUCACGACAACUUUGGACAGGACGAGCAGUUUCGCUGUCCUAUUUGCAGAAAAAUUCUACAAGGUUUCUUGUGAGAUCUGCUGCGAAGUCAGUUGUUCUUCAUCACCAGGCAUGGAUCAUAUGCAGUGAAAGAAUAUCGUAGAGCUUUGUGAUUUAACUUUCUUUUGCAUAUUCGUACAAAACGACAAAACAGUUCGAUUGACAAUUCGACUAUGGCUGCAGACGAUGACGAUUUACAGCCCGAUUCACCUCCUAAUUUCGUUGAAGAAAUAGAGGUUGGCGAGCUGCAAGUUAUCGAAAAUGUUGGUAGAGGUGCAUUUGGAGUUGUUUAUAAAGCACUAUGGAGAGAAAAGUUCAUUGUUGCAGUCAAGACCAUUGAAGGAGAAGCYGAAAAGAAGGCGUUUCUUGUUGAGGUUGARCAGCUAUCUAAAGUCAAACAUGARUCUAUCAUCAAGCUUUAUGGAGCAGUGAUAUCACAGGACCCUGUCUGUCUAGUGAUGGAAUAUGCAGAAGGAGGUUCCCUCUAUAACCUGCUUCAUUGGACAAAACCAAGCCCUGCACCUAUUUACRCGGUAUCUCAUGUCAUGAGCUGGGCAUUGCAGUGUGCUAAAGGUGURGAGUACCUUCAUGGGUUUAAACCAAAAGCCAUAAUUCACCGUGACCUAAAACCUCCCAAUUUGUUAUUGACAAARUGUGGUACRGCUAUCAAGAUAUGUGACUUUGGUACAGCUUGYGAUCAAAGGACKUACAUGACAAAYAACAAAGGUAGUGCAGCUUGGAUGGCUCCUGAGGUUUUUGAAGGUACAAACUACACAGAAAAGUGUGACGUAUACAGUUUUGGGAUCAUAUUAUGGGAGAUGAUAACACGUCGUAGGCCGUUUGAAGAAAUGGCAGGGGCGCCAGCAUUCCGUAUCAUGUGGGCCGUCCAUGGCGGUGAAAGGCCUCCAUUGAUUAAAGACAUCCCAAAACCAAUAGAAGACCUCAUGACAAGCUGUUGGGAUAAAGAUCCAAAGCAAAGACCAUCAUUCAGCUCUAUAGUGGUUUUCCUCAGUCAUCUAAUGCAGUUUUUCCCUGGUGCUGACACUUGCCUUGUAUUYCCACCAUCAUCUCCAGAAACAGAAGAAAAUGCRUUUACAGGGGGGAGCAAUAUUAGUGAUACAGUCAUUAUGAACAAGCCACCUAAAGAUGAUACAAAUGAUGAUGAUGAUGACGACGAUGAUGAUGAUGAAGAUGGGCAAGAAGGCUACUUUGAACCAGAGGAGGUGGAAGGAGAAUCAAGUACACCUAGAAUUGAAAACAAUGAGAAGUCUUCAGUAUUGUUGCCUCAAAUAAAUGCCACACCUCAAUCUCCRGAAUGUUCAGUGGUUGGAAAUAACACUGUACUGUUUGGCAAAAUAGGCAGAGCUCGAAGUCCACUUCCWGGAAUGCUUCCUGGAAUUUCCUCUUUUAGUCCAGGAGAAGCCUCCCCAGGAAAGAAUGGUACSAAAGACUCCUCACUAUURGCCAGUCCAAGACCAAGACAGACUCCUUCACCUUCCACUGACAAGAAGACUUCACCUGGAAAUGCUGGUAGACCAGGAAGCCCACAAGACCARCAAUUUACUAAAAGAACUACCAGCCAGAGCCCUCUUUCRAUUGAUGUCAAUCAAUGGCAAGGGGGUGCACCAACAAGCCAAGGAUAUAUACAAGGGGGUAACCCUAACAUGGGUAUUAUAUAUCCUCCUACUUCACAAGGGUACCCUAGUAAUACUCCAACUUAUUCAGGGUACCCCCCUGGAACUGGUCAAAGGUAUUCACCAAGUGGCCAGGCAUACCAACCAAUAAACCACCCAGCAGUAAGUCAAGGUUACUUACCAACUAGUCAGGGGGGUUAUAUUCCAACAAGUCAGUACCAAAGACCAGCAAGUCAAGUAUACCUUCCUUCCAGCCAAGCACACCCUAUUUACAGUCAAGGGUACUUUGUCAGCAAUGAGAACUAUGGUCAUAACGUAAUGGGCUAUCUUCCUGUAGACAGUCACAUGGGCUACCAACAUCCAGCAUUGGGGGGUAGUAUGCCUAAUAUAUCUGAAUCUGUACAAAGAGAAAACUACCCCCUGAACAUCCCCCUGGAUAAUGAACGAAUGCCAGUAUACCCUCCGUCUCAUCACAACACCACACUAAACAAUUCUAAUGAAGAUAUUAACGUGGAAUCGAUUGAGAGAGCAUUACGAGAAGACCUGAAAUUGCAUGAAUUAUCAACAAUACCAGGGAAAUCAGCUCGRCACAAGUCAACAGGAAGUGCAAGUCCAGCUGAUGGAAGYCCCUCGCCUGACCGCAAAUUAAGUGAGCCGUCCCGUCCCAAUGUGUGGUCUGGCCAUCCUCCGGGGUAUCCUAGGUCGGUGUCCAGUCCUUCUGGGACAUUCCCACACGUUAGAGUUGGUACACCAGCAUAUGAGCUACUGGUUCCCGACCUACAGCCUAUUCGACCAGAUCCAACAUUCCCAGAGUCAAUGUCACUAUAUCAGCAGCACUGCCUUGUUGCUGAACAGUUCAUCCAAAUUCAAACAAAAAUGGGAAUUCUACUUCAACAAAAGAACAAGAUCGAACGUCAGUUGGAAGAGUAUGAACGAGAACAGCAACAAAGUGCUCCUUACGUUGAACAGUUUGCCAUGUUAUCCAGUGAAAAGGAAAGUCUACUGUUGCUGCACAAGAACUUGAAGAGGGAUUUAGAGCAUCUUCGACGAGCAAGAAUAGCUUUUUAACAAACUAUUUCAUUAUGAAAAAUCGAAUAACAAAACAAUUCACUUUGAUCCUUGAAAUGUGACUGCAAAGUAAUAAUUGGUUAAUUUAACUUAAUAACCGCAAAAGUACGUCACCCGCCGUUCCCGUCUCUACGUUCAGUUAUACAGUAUAAACAGAACUUCAUCCCCCACCCCCUCCCCUCUAGAUCACUCCUUUCCCCUAGACCCCUUAGAUUGAGCCAUUGUGUAUAUAUGAUUAGUAGUUAAACACUAAACGGGUAUGACAACAUGGAAGUGUAUAAAGAUGUUUUGACUCACAAAAGAUGUUUGUAACAAACGUAAUUUUUUUGAACAUCUUGAAAACUGCUUUAUAUUACAUUAAAAAAAACAGUAGAUGA